GAAUAAUCGUUCGCUAUUGUGGGACUGCGAAGUAAAAUAAUAUUGGAGGAAAAUAAAACCAUUAAAAUACGUUGCCGUUUCCUGUGGAGUUGACACAGCUGAUAUGGGACGAGAGUCGAGGCACUACCGAAAGCGGUCGGCCUCCCGGGGCCGGUCGGGCAGCCGGUCGAAGAGCCGCUCUCCGGAGAAGCGCUCGAAGCGCGAGGACAGGGCUGGCUCCCGUAACCGCGACCGCGACCGCGGCAGGAGAGAGCGGUCGCGCAGCAGGGACCGCCGCCGCUCACGAUCCCGCGACAGGAAGCGGCCCAGGCGCUCCAGGAGCAGGGAGAGGAGGCGCAGCCGCAGUCGGGAGCGUAGGAGGAGCCGCAGCAGGCACAGGUCUGCCAGCCCGAGCAAGAGCCGCAAGAACGAGGACCGGUCCAAGAGUAAGGAAAGAUCUGACAACCCCGAGCAGUCCGCAGAGAAGAAGAAGAUUAAGGAAGAGAAGGAGGAAGAGAAGGUUGAAGAUCAGCAGGACUUUGACCAGAACCGGCUGGAGGAGGAGAUGAGGAAGAGGAAGGAGCGGGUGGAAAAGUGGCGGGAGGAGCAGAGGAGGAAGGCCAUGGAGAACAUCGGCGAGCUGAAGAGGGAGCUGGAGGAGAUGAAGCAGGGCAAGAAGUGGAGUCUGGAGGACGAUGACGAUGACGAUGAGGAGGCCCCGGCCCCCGUGGAGCCGGAGGAGGAAGAGGAGGCCACGGCGGCCGUUCCCGAGGAGGCCACGCCCAUGGAGGAGGAGGUGGGCGAGGAGGUGGACCCGCUGGACGCCUACAUGGAGGAGGUGAAGGAGGAGGUGAAGAAGUUCAACAUGGGCUCCAUGCGCGGCGGAGACAAGAAGGGGGUGAUGAAGGUGACCAAGGUGAUGACGGUUGUCACCACGAAGAAGGCCCCACACACCACCAAGAAGAAGGGAGAGCUGAUGGAGAAUGACCAGGACGCCAUGGAGUACUCCUCGGAGGAAGAGGAAGUGGACCUGCAGACGGCGCUGACCGGCUACCAGACCAAGCAGCGGAAGGUUCUGGAGCCCGUGGAUCACAAGAAGAUCGAGUACGACCCUUACCGCAAGAACUUCUACGUGGAGGUGCCAGAGCUGGCCAAGAUGACACCGGAGGAGGUGAACGUGUACAGGCUGGAGCUGGAGGGUAUCACAGUGAAGGGGAAAGGGUGCCCCAAACCCAUAAAAACCUGGGUGCAGUGCGGGACCUCCAUGAAGAUCCUGUGCGCCCUCAAAAAGCACAGCUACGAGAAGCCCACGCCCAUCCAGACCCAGGCCAUUCCCGCCAUCAUGUCCGGGCGUGACCUGAUCGGCAUCGCCAAGACCGGCAGCGGGAAGACCAUCGCCUUCCUCCUGCCCAUGUUCCGCCACAUCCUGGACCAGAGGCCCCUGGAGGAGGCCGAGGGCCCCAUCGCGGUGAUAAUGACCCCCACCAGGGAGCUGGCUCUGCAGAUCACCAAGGAGUGCAAGAAGUUCUCCAAGCCGCUGGCGCUGAGGGUGGUGUGCGUGUACGGAGGGACCGGGAUCAGUGAGCAGAUCGCUGAGCUGAAGAGAGGGGCGGAGAUCAUCGUCUGUACGCCGGGGAGAAUGAUUGACAUGUUAGGUGCCAACAGUGGGCGGGUCACUAAUCUCCGACGGGUCACGUACGUGGUGGUGGACGAAGCGGACCGGAUGUUCGACAUGGGGUUCGAGCCGCAGGUAAUGCGCAUUGUGGAUAACAUCCGACCGGACCGGCAGACCGUCAUGUUCUCCGCCACCUUCCCGCGGGCCAUGGAGGCCCUGGCCCGGAGGAUCCUGCUCAAGCCCAUCGAGGUGCAAGUGGGAGGCAGGAGCGUCGUCUGCUCCGACGUGGAGCAGCACGUGAUCGUGAUCGAGGAGGAGAAUAAGUUUCUGAAGCUGUUGGAGAUCCUGGGGCAUUACCAGGAGAAGGGCUCGGUCAUCAUCUUCGUGGACAAGCAGGAGCACGCCGACGGGCUGCUGAAGGACCUGAUGAAGGCCUCCUACCCCUGCAUGUCUCUGCACGGAGGAAUCGACCAGUACGACCGGGACAGCAUCAUCAACGACUUUAAGAACGGGGCGUGCCGGCUCAUGGUGGCCACCUCGGUGGCGGCCCGCGGGCUGGACGUGAAGCACCUGAUCCUGGUGGUGAACUACAACUGCCCCAACCACUACGAGGACUACGUGCACCGCGCGGGGCGGACCGGCCGCGCGGGCAACAAGGGGUUCGCGUACACGUUCAUCACGGAGGACCAGGUGCGGUACGCGGGCGACAUUAUCAAGGCCCUGGAACUUUCCGGAUCCCCCGUGCCCAAAGAGCUGGAGCAGCUGUGGCUCAACUUCAAAGACCAGCAGAAAGCGGAGGGGAAGAGCAUCAGGAGCAGCAGCGGGUUCUCGGGGAAGGGCUUCAAGUUCGACGAGACGGAGCACGCCCUCGCCAACGAGCGCAAGAAGCUGCAGAAGGCCGCGCUGGGCCUGCAGGACUCUGACGACGAGGACACCGCGCUGGACAUUGACGAGCAGAUCGAGAGCAUGUUCAACUCUAAGAAGCGGGUGAAGGACCUGUCGGCCCCCGGGGGCGGGGGCGGGGGAGGGGGCGGGGCCUCGGUCAGCGCGGCGGCGGCCGGGGCCCUGGCCGGCCUGGUCAUGCCCUCCGCCGGAAACAUCCAGAAGCUGGAGAUCGCCAAGCGGCUGGCGCUGAAGAUCAACGCCCAGAAGAACCUGGGGGCUGAGGCGCAGGAUGUGAUGCAACAGGCCACCAACGCCAUCCUGCGGGGGGGCACCAUCCUGGCCCCCUCCGUCUCCGCCAAAACCAUCGCCGAGCAGCUGGCGGAGAAGAUCAACGCCAAGCUCAACUACAUCCCCGUGGAGAAGAUGGAGGAGGAGCGGCAGAACGCCGAGCAGUCCGAAACCAUCAAGCGCUACGAGGAGGAGCUGGAGAUCAACGACUUCCCCCAGACGGCGAGGUGGAAGGUCACGUCUAAGGAGGCGCUCCAGCGGAUCGGGGAGUACUCCGAGGCGGCCAUCACCAUCCGGGGAACAUACUUCCCCCCCGGAAAAGAGCCCAAAGAGGGCGAGAGGAAGAUCUAUCUGGCCAUCGAGAGUGCGAACGAGCUGGCCGUGCAGAAGGCCAAAGCUGAAAUCACCAGGCUCAUCAAAGAGGAGCUCAUCAGAUUACAAAACUCCUACCAGCCGACCAGCAAAGGCCGAUACAAGGUCUUAUAGGAGUGUGGAAAUCGAAGCAGGAUAACUGUCUUCAUUAUGUCCAAAAUUUGAUUUCAGAAUAUGUUUUAGUAUAUUUUUAAUGACAGUGCAUUGGACACUGAAUAUUCCCUGUAGCUGACCCCUAGGUCAGCUUCCCUUUCCUGUAGGUACAUGAUCCACUCAGUUAGCGUUUAAGGUGUAGUGCUGUCUGUAUCCACUGAUUGAAAAAGCCUUUUUUUUGUGUCUGUGUAUCAUAUCAUAGACAUCGCUCACUCUGUCAGGGGAUAUGGGUAUUCAACUGGCCAGUUUAAUUGUCUCGAAUACAAACUAUUUUUUAUUCUGUCCGUUUCAAAUGGCAAAUAAAAUGUACAUUACAAACUUGUGUUUCUACCCGGCUCUUUACCCCGAGGUAAGAAAGUUGUACAAUGAGAAUCAAGCUGUUAACGUUUUUUCAGGUUUUUUUCUUUUUUUUCUUUUUAGUGCAAUAAAAUAUUAAAACAAUUUCAUACAUGUGAACGGAACCCUGAUUGAUGGAAUGUGUUUUUUUUUGUUGCUAUUCCCCUGUAAUAAAAAAUGUUCAUUUUA